ACCAAUGACAACUGUCAUCGUCAUCGUUCACCACGUCGUUACUCCUCGCGUAGUCCGUCCAGACAACAUCGACAAGCACGCAGCUCGUCACGAAGUGACAGGUCACCGUCGUACUCUCGUGAACAGCACGAGCCGGCUAGAACUCGUUGGUCUCCGUCUCCUUUUCGAUCACAAUCUCCGCGUCGAGUUACGUUUAGCUCUUCCGUGAGGGAGCGCCAUUCUCCAGACAGACGUCGUAGUUCUCCAUAUCCGCAACAGAAUCAGACUCUCGAGUCUGAGGAUGAAGCGGAUGUAAUUCAAUCACUCCACACUGCGUCUUCCAUCAACUCUGUCAACCCACAGCGUAAGUUCGCGUCGCUCAUGCUCGUGAAAGCUAAAGCAUUCAACUGUAGCUCCGCGCAGUUCGAAGAUGUCAUCCUCUUUCUCGACUCCGGAGCGCAGAAAAGUUUCAUAGAAGCUAGCGUAGCGGACCGCUUGGGCCUCAAGGUCUCAAGCAGUCAGCCUCGUACCUUUAUCGCGUUUGGUGGUCAACCCACCACGGAGAUAUCUGGUAUCGCGCAGCUUACUCUGAUCGACCUGCUUAACAAGGAGCUCGUAGUCGAACUUACAACCAAAGAAAUCGUCACAGUCGCGCAAUUUCCACCGCGCUUGUCCUCGGAGGACGUCAAUUUCAUCAAGGACCACGGAUUUUCUAUGCCACUAUGUCAGUCGCAGUCCGUAGUUCCAGACGUUCUCAUCGGUAUUGACCACUUUUGGGAUGUUCUGUCACCAGAACCACCCAUUUGUUUGCCUUCGGGCAUGGUCCUCUGUCAUACUCGCUUCGGAACGGUCGUCUCAGGCAACUCGGUUUUUCUGUCAGGCUUCCGCAAGGCCCAAAUACCGUCGACACCGUUGCGGUCACCAGGCACGAGCACGACAUUGCAAUACAACGCCUUUGGUCCUUGGACGCUCUCGGCAUAG